AGCAAAAGUACUCUGUAAUAGCGCUUCUGACAGCAUUUUGACGCUCACGAGCUGUUUCUGGGUUUUUGAGGAGGACCCAAGUAUGUAAGUCCUAGGCACAUCGAACACUUUAUUCCUCCAAGCUGAUGUAGAGUCUUGCUGAACGAACAAGAAGGCUUUUUCAUUAACCUGGGUCGUGAACAUUACAUUUCAGCUGUGGCCGCUGUGGGUGUGACAACUAUUUGCCCAGUCAAGCAUCACCACCUAGCCGGCCUGAACGCUAGCAAGCAACAUAAAAAUGGGCACACCCUUGACAUCUGGAGAGGAAGAUAUCAGGAAAGACCCACAGGCAUCACCCAAAAGCUUGCAAGAGCCGCAAAACGGGCGUUCAGGGGACAAAGAAGGAGGCAUGCCAGAAGGUGCUGAAAUAAGCGGGCAGACAGAGGAGGGAAGCGCGAGCCAAACAGAGAGGCUGGCGAGGGACAGCUUAGACGACUCGGUGGUUGUAAAGGAUUUAGACACGGGCAGGGCCAUCAAUGUACUGAAGAAAUACACCAUCCGGGACCUCAAUACUGGGCAGCUCUUCGUGGUGGACGCAGAACCUGCAACAGCUUCGGAGGCAGCGUCAGAGCCAGGUUCACCGAAGACUGCCCCCAACAAGCUGGUGACAGAUGUUUCUUCUGGCAGAGAGAUGAGCAUGGAGGAGUUUGAUCGCGCGCUGGGACUGCACACAGCACUCGAGCCGGUGAAGGUGCAGGCGCACUCCAAGCUGGUCAAGGAGCUGACUCACCUCUGCGUCAUCCAGGAGCUCAAUGCGCACAACGGCGUGAUAUGGACGAUGAAGUUCAGCAAGAAUGGGAAAUACUUGGCCAGUGCCGGCCAGGACGCAGCAGUGAGGGUGUGGGAGGUCUGCCUCAACCGAGGGGAGACUGAAAACGCAGAGGAGGGGCCCAGGGUGCUGCGCGUGGCGCCCUACAGGACCUUUGCAGGCCACACAGCGGACGUGCUGGAUCUGGCAUGGUCCAAGUCACAGUUCCUGCUCACGGCCUCCAUGGACAAGACUGUGCGGCUGUGGCACAUUAGCAUGGAUGACUGCCUCAGAGUCUUCAAGCAUACGGACUUUGUCACAUCAUUGGACUUCCACCCCGUAGAUGACAAGUACUUCAUCAGCGGCUCCAUCGAUGGCAAGGUGCGGGUGUGGAACAUUCCGGAGCAGCGGGUGGUGGACUGGGCGGACGUGCACGAGAUGGUCACGGCGACUGCGUUCGCGCCGGACGGGCGCCGCGCAGUGGUGGGCACGAUGAAGGGCCGCUGCCGCUUCUACCAGUGCGAGCCCAGCUUCAAGCUCGAGUACCAGGCCCAGAUCGAUGUGAAGAAUCGGCGCGGCAACACGUCACGCGGGCGCAAGAUCACGGGGAUGCAGUUCAUGCCCAAGGACCCCUCCCAGCUGCUCAUCACCUCCAACGACUCCCGCGUCCGCCUCUACGACGGUGAGCCUCCUGCUGCCUGGUGCCGGCGCGCAGGGUUCACGCUGCGCACCAAGUACAAGGGCCACCACAACCGCAACACGCAGAUCCGCGGAACCUUCUCUUCGGACGGUGCCUUCCUGAUCUGCGGCUCGGACGACGGCUGGGUCUACGUGUGGACCACCGGAGCUGACGAGGACAAGGCCGCCUGCUCUGGCCCUGACAAAUACUGUGUUGCUGUCACGCAGGAGAAGAGCGCGUCGUACGAGUGCUUCCACGCUCACAACGACAUUGUCACCGUGGCGCUGUUUGCCCCAAAGACUGCGCGCCGCGUGCACCGCAUCCCCUCGCAGCGCGCGUUAGGCCAGGUCAUCCUCACGGCAGGCUACAACGGCGAGAUUAAGGUGUUUGAGAACUUGGGGGCCCCCCACUGGCUGCACUGCAGCUGA